UGGCACAGGACAACGAAGUUGCAACUCAAAGAGUUGGACUAAUUGUACCAUGUCGCUGGCCGAAGUGGAGUCCAACAUCAAUGGCUCAUCUCGUACAAGUGGAACAGAAAAUUCUACAAUGUAUUAAGAGCUCCAUCUAUAGUCGGUUUGUGCCAAUAAAGCAUGCACAGUCGCGGCUCUGGACUGUGGUUUUAAACCGCGACUAUGAAGGCACGCCCAUCGUCAUGGUGCACGGCAUGGGUGGGGGACUGGCACUGUGGGCACAGAACAUGGACGAACUGGCACAGAAACGACCCGUGUACAUGUUCGACUUGCUGGGCUUCGGUCGCAGUUCCCGCCCAGCAUUCAGCCAGGAUCCGAAGAUUGCGGAAAUGGAAUUUGUAGAUUGUGAGGACUGGAGAAAGGAGUUCCACCUGGAUAGUUUCAUUCUGCUGGGUCACAGUCUCGGCGCGUUCGUGGCGAGUUCGUAUGCCAUGAAGUACCCAGAGAGAGUGAAGCACCUCAUUCUCGUCGAUCCUUGGGGGUUUCCCGAGAAACCGCCUGACAAUGAGUUGGAAAAUCAGGUUCCUCGCUGGAUUCGAGUCAUCGCCACGAUGCUCCAGCCGUUCAACCCUUUAGCGGGAUUAAGAGUCGCCGGUCCUUGGGGACCUGGUCUAAUCAAGAGGUUCCGUCCAGAUCUGCAGGAAAAGUUUUCCAACCUAUUUGAGGAUGACACGAUAUUUGAGUACAUAUAUCACUGUAAUGCACAAACACCAAGUGGUGAGACUGCAUUCCGAUCGAUGCAGAAGUCUUUCGGCUGGGCGCGGCAUCCCAUGAUUAACAGAAUCACGGACAUCCCGUCGUCAAUGCCCAUGACGUUUAUACACGGUUCGCGAUCAUGGAUUGAUCGAUCAGUCGGCUAUCGGGUCAAGUACCUGAGGGACGAAAGCUACGUUGACGUUCAGGUAAUUUUAGGAGCCGGCCACCAUGUUUAUGCUGACCGGCCACUUCAGUUUAAUAGCUUGGUGAAGAAGAUUUGUAACUCAGUGGACCAGAGCAGUAAACCUGUUACAAGUGAUACAAACUCUUCCAAAUCCAUUGAAGAUGUUGGACCCUUAGUGGAUGUGAAACCGGAGGAUGUGAAGAUUCCAGAUACAAAUAAGAAACCAGAAUCACAGAAACCAGAAUCACAGAAACCAGAAUCACAGAAACCAGAAUCACUGGACGUUUGAUGAAUCCAAAGUCUAGCUGAAUUUCUCUUGGACUUUGUGAAAUGGCCAGUACUUGGUUAUUGGGUUGAGAAUGGGGACAGUCAUGGGCAAAGUCAUAUAAUUGUUAUUGUUAUGAUGUUUUGUACUAUUUUUAAUCACUGAGUUAGCAAAUAGGAGUCCCAGCCACCAACUCGUCCACCCACCCACAAAUGUUAUAAGAAUAAGAAAUAUUGGCAUCAUUCAGUUAUUGAUAUAGGGAAAGGAGACAUAUCCCAAUCUAACCUAAAUCUUCCAUCCCGACUACACUCCCUCCCCUCUCUCUCUCUCUCUACACAUCCCUCCCUCCCCUCUCACUCUCUCUACUUUUCUCCUCCCUCUGUCUCUCUCUACUUUUCUCCUUCCUCUCUCUCUCUCUCUCUCUCUCUCUCGUUGAAUUUGGCCCAGGAUUCGACAGUCGCUUCCCACCCACCCCAGUCUGCAAACGGCUAGAACAAUUACCUUUUGUUUUGGUUAGUUUCUUGUCAAUUUGUACAGAAACAAAAUGGUGUAUACUGGACAUUUUAAAUGUUUAAUUAAUGUCUUUUGUGUUUCUGAUUUGGAGUGCAGGCAUUGCUUUUAAAGUGGCCCAGCAUUUACCUCAUUAAAAUACUAAUGCAUGCCAUGACGGUGUCCUAUAUUGAAAUGUCAUUACAACUCUGUGUGAAAACUGAUAUUAUUUACUUAGUUUUCAGUCUAUAUGUUUAUAAAGUUUGGCAUAUAUUUUCUCAAGUGCUCACAUAGACCAUAGUUUUAUUAGAGUAAUAUAAUAUGAGGGCUAUUUCCUUUGACAGUAAGUGCCUUUUUGUGUGUUCAUCAAAAACCAAAUGUGAAACAUUGAAAUAUAAAUGUAUGUUGUGUCGAUCAGUGUCUUUUCUCCUUACCAGAUUAAAAAUAUUUUUGUGCCGCCUUGCAUUAUGGUAAUUUAAACAAAACCAUUUACCAUAGUUUGACACACAGUAGCUGAUGUAUUUUUCGUGCUGGGGUAUCAUUAAACAUCCUUCAUUCAUUAAACAAAACCAAAACAUUCAAAACCCUGCCAUUCUGUUCCAAUGUAAUGUUAAAAACAGUAGGUGUGAGUUAUCUCCCUUUUAUCUUUUUAUUUCUGUGUCAAUGUUAAUAAAACAUAACUUAAGUUGUGAAAAAACUCAUCUAUUGUGGAUUAUAAGCCUCCAUCAUGUGUGGUGAUGUGGGAUAGAAAAAGUACACCCGAGGUGGUGGACAUUUUGACCUGGGUUGAGGCUUGCCAAGUCACAUGGUCGAAAUUUUCACCACCAAGGGGGUACAUUUUCUAUCCCACAUAACCACACAUGAUGGAGUCUUUAUCUCUCAUUCAUUCGGUAAAUAAACCAUUAUUUUACACGAACAGACAAAGAUGACUGAACAAGUAACUUUAGUUUGACCAUUUUAUCAUAAAUAAGCUACACUAUCAUAUUUGCCGUGUUUAUUUUAUGUGUUGAGUAAAAUUUACCACUACAAAUUAACACGAUAUCUUUUAUAAUGAAGGCUUUAAUAACAAAAUAUUAAUUUAAAACUGUGUCUAAUGACCUCACGUUACCAUCUUACAUUAAUAUGACAUCAUAUAUUACCAACAACGUCAAGUUGAAUGCAACCGCAUGACAAACCAUGUAGGAUAGAAAUUUCUUACAUAGCUUUCUUUCGUGGGAUAGCUCUGUCCUAUUUUACCUGAGGAUAAGAGAUAGAAAUUUCUUACAUAGCUUUCUUUCAUGGGAUAGCUCUGUCCUCUGAGGA